CUGGGAUCUAGCCAUCUAGGAGCAAACACAAAGACACCGUCCUUCACCAACAUGUGCUCUGGUUCCUGGAACAGCAAGAUUCAGUGGUCUUCCCCUGCUGUGUUCAUCAGGGAGCAGCAGCAAAAGAAGAAGUCAGACGUCUCAGUGAUGACUCUCAGGAGGAAGAGGUUAAGGCUGAUCAGGAGGAGAAGGGCUGCAGGAGCAGAGUUAGGGCUGAUCAGAAGGAGGAGGAGGAGAGCUGCAGAGGGGGAUAUGGCGAUGCUCAACCUGAAGCUCCACCUUGAGAACCGGCGCAUCCUAGCGGAGAACGAGAGGCUCCGGGAGAGGGCUGGCGUGCUCCGCCGUGAGAACCUCGCGCUGCGCGAAAACCUGUGCAAGACGGUGGCGGAGGCAGCACCUCUGGCAGAGACCACCACCGGCUGCUGAGCAGCUGACUGCUCGGUGCUCUAUGCCUGUGUUUGUGCUAGUCUGUCUACGUGUGAUGAUCUUCUUGCCUUGUUAGGGAUGACCGAAUGGCUGGUGACUUGUGCUUAUCGACCACAUGGUUUUUUCACCUAUUUUGUGUGGUUUGUGGCAUGAUCAUGGUUGCACAUUAUAAGUUUGAAGUGCAUGGACUAAUUUACAGUAUU